AUGGUGUCUUGUCUUGAGAGUGGCUCCCUUGACUCACAACCACCUGCUUGCCCGUAUGCCCUGCCUCCAUCCCGAGCCGCCCUCCCUAGCCGCCCUCCUCCCACCUGUGCCCUCCCCCUCCCUCUCGUGCCCUUCCCCCUUCUCUCGAGUCCUCCCCCUCCCUCUCGUGCCCUCCCCCUCCCUCUCGUGUCCUCCCCCUCCCUCUCGUGCCCUCCCCCUCCCUUCCGUGCCCGCCCCCCUCCCUUCUGUGCACCCCUCCCUUCCAUGCCCCCCUCCCUUCCAUGCCCCCCUCCCUUCCAUGCCCCCCUCCCUUCCGUGCCCGCCCCCCUCCCUUCCAUGCCCCCCUCCCUUCCGUGCCCCCCUCCCUUCCGUGCCCCCCUCCCUUCCGUGCCCCCCUCCCCUCCAUGCCCCCCUCCUCCCUUCGUUUCCACCUCUUCCUUUCCGUCCCCCCAAUCCCUCCGGCUGGUCGCUUCAGGGAGUGGAGGCGAGGCGAGCAAUCAAUGUGUGCAGCCUGUGCACUUUCAAAAUCUCUCAAGACUUUUGAGACGUCUCCAAAGGCACUUUCAAAAUCUCUCAAGAAUCCUUUUCUGUGCCGCCCAUUCCCUCCCAUGCCCGCCCUCCUUCCGUGCAACCAAUUGCCCUCCCCUGGCAGUGCUGGCACGGGUGGUGCGAGGGUGGCAGCUGGACUCUCUACUAUCCUUUUCCUACCCCGCCCGUGCGUCCGAUUUCCCUCCCCCCUCAGUGCUGGCACGCAUUGUGAGAGGGUGGCAGCCGGCUAGACGCUUCAGGGAUUGGCGGCGAGCAAUGCAUGUGUGCCGCCUGGGGGACCCGGCUGUAGAAUGCUCUGAGGAUGGUUCAGUGAUCGCCCUGAAGUUGUCACAAGCCGGCAUCAGGGGGAAUAUCUCCGAUGAAAUUGGCAAACUCACUGCCCUCAUCGCUCUGCAGCUGGACGGCAAUCAGCUCACCGGCUACCUGCCUUGGUCCCUGAGUUCCCUCACCAACCUGCAGAUCCUCAACGUGGGUGGCAACCAGCUAGAAGGCAUGAUCCCUGGGUCAAUCACGAACCUCAAGCACCUCCACACGCU